AUGGGCUGGGCGCUAUGGACGAUGCAUGUGCAGCGGCUGGGCGGGGUCGCAGCAGCAGGCGACGGUGCUGUGGACGGGCGGGGCGCUGCGGACGGCCCUAGCGCUGCAGAUGGCCUGGGCGCUGCGGACGUUGCAUGUGCAGCGGCUGGGCGGGUCGCAGCAGCGGGCGACGGUGCUGUGGACGGGCGGGGGUGGUGGGAGGACGGCUCUGGCGCAGCAGAUGGGCUGGGCGCUGUGGACGAUGCAAGUGUAGCGGCUGGGUGGGUCGCAGCAGCGGCCGACGGUGCUGUGGACGGGCCGGGCGUUGCGGACGGCCCUGGCGCUGCAGAUGGGCUGGGCGCUGCGGACGACGCAUGUGUAGCGGCUGGGUGGGUCGCAGCAGCGGCCGACGGUGCUGUGGACGGGCGGGGCGCUGCGGACGGCCCUGGCGCUGCAGAUGGGCUGGGCGUCGCGGACGAUGCAUGUGCAGCGGCUUGGCGGAUCACAGCAGCGGCCGACGGUGCUGUUGGACAGGCGGGGCUGUGGCGCACGGCCCUGGCGCUGCGGACGAUGCAUGGUGCAGCAGCUGAGCGGGUCGCAGCAGCGGGCGACGGUGCUGUGGACGGGCGGGGCGCUGCGGACGGCCCUGGUGCUGCAGAUGGGCUGGGUGCUACAGACAAUGCAGGUGCAGCGGCUUUGCGGGUCGUAGCAGCGGGCGACGGUGCUGUGGACCGGCGGGGCGCUGCUGAAUGCCCCGCCGCUGCAGCAUUCGGAGUGCUGUUGGACGCUCGGGGCGCGGCGGAUGGCCCCAGCGCUUCUGAUGGGCUGGGCGCUACGGACGAUGCAUGUGCAGCAGCUGGGCGGGUCGCAGCAGCAGGCGACGGUGCUGUGGACGGGCGGGGCGCUGCGGACGGCCCUUGGCGGCAGGGCACGAUGCAUGUUGGCUUGGCGGGUCUGCUAGCAGCAGCCGACGGUGCUGUGGACAGGCGGGGCGGUGCGGACGGCCCUGGCGCUGCGGACGAUGCAUGUGCAGCGGCUGGGCGGGUCGCAGCAGCAGGCGACGGUGCUGUGGACGGGCGGGGCGACUGCGGGACGGCCCUAGCGCUGCAGAUGGCCUGGGCGCUGCGGGACGUUGCAUGUGCAGCGGCUGGGCGGGUCGCCAGCAGCGGGCGACGGUGCUGUGGACGGGUGGGGUGCUGCGGACGGCCUUGGCGCUGCAGAUGGGCUGGGCGCUGCGGACAAUGCAUGUGCAGCGGUCUGGGCGGGUCGCAACUGCGGGCGACGGUGCUGUAG